GCUCUUCUUUGAGGUCACUUCAGCUCAAAACACAUACGAGAACAGCCAAUGUUAACAGCAAAUAUGAAGAUGACUAGCAGGUUGGUUCUUUUGUUUGUUGUGUGUGUUUUCGUGCAAGCCACAUAUGCAAGGAAGCUUCUUCAGUUUCCGUCCGGUGACAUCCCCAGCUUCGGCGGAAUUGACCAAAUUAUAGGAGGUAUCGCUGGCGGUGGAGGCGGCGGCGGCGGAGGAGGAGGUAUGAAUGGUGGAUAUGGUGGAGGAUUUGGUAGUGGAUCAGGUAGCAAUGGAGGUGGAGGUGGCGGUGGCGGCGGAGGUGGAGGCGAAGACGGCGGAAGUGGUUUUGGAAUAGGAGGUGGAUUUGGUGGCAAUGGAGGUAGUGGUGGCGGUGGCGGCGGAGGUGGAGGCGAAGACGGCGGAAGUGGUUUUGGAAUAGGAGGUGGAUUUGGUAGUGGAUUAGGUGGCAAUGGAGGUGGUGGCGGCGGAGGUGGCGGUGGUGGAGGAGAUGAAGACGGCGGGAGUGGUUUUGGUGCUGGAGCUGAUGAAGGCUAUGGAGAUGAUGGCGCGACUAUUGAUCCUAUUGAAAUUUUCCCUUAAAGUUUUAAUAAGGUCCUUAAACGGCUUUGGUGAUCAACCAUUUUUAACGAAUUUUUCUCAUAGUUUAGAGUUAAAAUAAGGAAAUAAAGGCAAAUUGUCGCAACCCAUAUUCUUUAAUGAGCUCUUUUCACUAAAUAAAUUGUGAUUCAU